UAAUUAGGCAAGAGAGGAAAAGUUUGUUGGAGUUGCAGAAGGAGACAAAAAGUGGGUAAGUGUGUUGUGAUCCUCCCUCGUCUGAAUCUGAAACAAAAAGCAAUGCCCUUUUCCCUCUGCAACAUCUUCCCUCUUUAACUCCGUGUUUCCCCAUUGUUGUGCAAAGGCAUGUCCACAAUAAACAACGUUCCCUGUCCCUGGAUGGAGGAAAGAGAAGACGAAAACUCUGCUUGUGUUUCUGCUUCGUGGCCCAUUAACUCGAGGCCCAACAACAUGAUAAGCAGCGACACAAACACAAGCUCUGGUUUCCUCCCAAACGACUUGUGCGCCUUGAAGCCCAUGGUGGAAGAAGAAUGGUACCAACACCAACACCAACACCAAGACAUCACCUUCGACCCCGACAACCUCUUACUCCUCAACCUCAACCCCUUCGACCUUCCCUUCCUCGACCCUCUCCCUCUCCCUCUCCCCGACACCCCCCUCCCUCCCCCUCCCACCUCCUCCUCCUCCGACAACCCCCUCUUUCUCAACCGCUCCAACUUCCAGAAGCGAGCCGCGCUACGGAAGAACGUCACCAAGCCCCACCACUUUCACCAUGCUACCUUCAAUUAUGACUCUGAUGACUUCACUCAGACUAAUACUAACACUGCUCCUAAGCUCGAUGAGCUUAGUGCUAACAACGCUGCCAAUACCUCCAAUGGGAACACCACUCCUUUCGACCACAAGGGCAAGAAGAAGGGAAUGCCCGCUAAGAAUUUGAUGGCCGAACGACGUCGUAGGAAGAAGCUCAAUGAUAGACUCUACAUGCUUAGGUCCGUUGUUCCUAAGAUUAGCAAAAUGGACAGGGCUUCAAUCCUUGGAGAUGCAAUUGAGUAUCUUAAGGAGCUUCUGCAAAGGAUUAAUGAUCUUCAUAACGAGUUGGAGUCGACUCCUGCUGGUUCUGCACUCACUCCUGUCUCCACUUUCCAUCCUUUGACGCCUACUCCUCCUACACUGCCCAGCCGUAUCAAAGAAGAACUGUGCCCCAGUUCAUUGCCAAGCCCCAAUGGCCAACCUGCUAGGGUUGAGGUUCGGCUGCGCGAAGGAAGGGCUGUUAACAUCCACAUGUUUUGUGCCCGCAAACCUGGUCUGUUGCUCUCAACCAUGAGGGCUUUGGAUAACCUUGGAUUAGACAUUCAGCAGGCUGUUAUUAGCUGUUUCAAUGGAUUUGCUAUGGAUAUUUUUCGAGCGGAGCAAUGCAAAGAAGGUCAGGAUGUUCAUCCGGAGCAAAUCAAAGCAGUUCUCUUGGAUUCAGCAGGCUACAAUGGCAUGAUGUAACUAGUUUUGGCAAGAAACAAACUAGUAAAUGCCAUUUCACAGUCAAAUUUGGCAAAGUUUAAUCAGCUUUUUCUUUGUAAUGUCCUCAAUUUAGGUGUACGAUACUAGCUCUGAUAACUUAAGUUUAAUUUGAGGUAGAAGAAUUUUUCACAUGAAUUUUACCCCGGCACUGGCAGCAGCAGUUACUGUUUGGUACCUUUCACAUGUUCAUGUGGAACCCAAGGUUGAUGAUAUUUCGAGUUCAAUUAGUUCAAGGACAUUUCUGAAGGCGCGUUUUGACGUGAAGUUUGUAUUUAGGUUAAAACCCUAUUUUGGUCCCUUAUAAUCUUUUUUUGUUUCAAUUUAGUUUCUCAAUAA